AUGAUUUCACAAGGAAGAUCACCUAUUCUAGAAAAACUUCUUUCCAAUGCCAAUGGAAAUUAUCCAGGCACCACUGCUGCAACUAACUGUGACCAGAAUCCUGAAGUAACGAGCGACACAUCAGAAUUUUCAUACCAGUUUCCAGGAAUGAACGUUGAAAAUUCAUAUUCCAACGGGAUAAACCAACAAACUUUCGCUUGUGAAACAAUUUCUACUCGAAGUCAGGUGGUCCCAUAUUGUAUAGAUCUUGCCACGGAUAAUCUUACUCAAGCCUCGGAUAUUUGGUCACAAAGUAGCAUCGGUCAAAACGGUAUGCAUUAUUUCAACCCUAGUGUCUUACGCUGUACCGAAGACGUUGAUUUUCAUCCUGUUUCGUCUUUACCAGCAGAGGAAAACGUCGCUGGUGUGCCAAAUUUUCUUUCAAGAGUCCAAGAACCAAGUCCAUUUACAAUGGUACCUCAGCAAGUUCUAACUGAUGUCCACAGUUCCGUUGAUACCAACUUACAAAUAGAGAAUAACACUAGCUGGGAAAACCCGUCAGAUACAACAAGGCAACAAUUUUACAAUCCAACAUCAAAUCGGCUUCGACAUUUCACAUUACCGUUGAAUCAUCUUCCUUACCAACAAGAUAACGUUUAUCCUGAUUUUUCUUUUAAUCCAACAAACCAGCUUUAUCAUGACACUGUUCCUUAUUCAAAUCAAACAGAAUCGAGCAAUACAAUUUCAACACCCUAUCUCGGUCACAAUUCAACUCCAACGCACAGCCCUGGUUAUUACAACCAACCACAAAUGCAAGAUUCUGAUGAAAUACCAAAUCAAAGCUUGCCAAAUUUUUAUCAGUUCAAUUUCGUGCAGCAAACUAUUUUCAAUCAGUACCUACUAGAAAGCCAUGCCAACUCACAAAUGUAUAACGAAAUCCAACAUGCCAGGCAGUGUCAAACAUCAAAUUAUUUGUACGCAAGCAAUGACAGUAACCUUCGCCAACUUUCCGAUAUCUGUGUGAAUACCUGUGCGAGGAUACCACCAUGGACCAUUCUCAAUAGCGAUACAACUUCGAGAAACGACGAACCCUCAGAAAAUUCUACGUACACCAGUAUCUCUGGAACUAAACCCUUAUCUCAUCAACCGUUAAUUACCGUCAAAGAACCAUGUACAAAAAGCUCCUGUAUUCAUGAAAAAGACAAUGCAACAUUUGUUCCAAAAUUUCGUGAAAAGUUGGAAUUGGUUCAAACAACAAAAACGGAAGAAAAGCCGUUGUGUUUGGUUAAAGAGGCAAGCCUUUCAGAAAAAGUAAAAGCGCAAGUCGAUAAGUUUAUGAAGUCACCAAAAAAAGAACGAAGAAAAUGGAAUUGCCCUGUAUGUGGACGAACGCUGACAAGGGCGUCGACCUUAAAGGUCCACUUACGUCAACAUUCAGGAGACCGUCCCUUUAAAUGUCCUUCGUGUCCGAAAUCGUUUGCUCAGCCAAGUUUACUUAACUCCCAUCACCGCAUGCACAGCGGGGAGAGGCCCUUUUCGUGCUCACUUUGUCAUAAAACGUUCGCUCACUUGAGCGCGCUUAGAAUACACGCGCGCACGCAUACAGGUGAACGUCCUCAUGAGUGCCCAGUGCCUAACUGUGGCAUGGCGUUCUCGGACAGUUCGACCUUAUCGAAACACGCCCGCGUUCACAGUGGUGAGAAACCGUAUCUCUGUGAUAUUUGUAAUCGGCGAUUUACGCAAUCUGGAAACAUGAAUAAACACAGAAGGAGCGUACAUAAAGCCCUCACGAAUGCUGCGAAAACGGUAAAAAUCCCAGAAAAUACCAAGAUGUUGUCGGAAAACUUAGGGAAUGAUGAAAACACGACACCUACUAUGAAUAAGGUUUGAACUAGGUAAGGUUCAGUUAUAAAAUGUCGAAAUCAGGACGUAGCGACUAGCGAAUAUUUUGUCGUUGGGGAGGGGGGGGGGGGAGGGUGUAAGGGUUCAAAUUACCUGAUGGAUGCGGGCGUUAUUCAAUCAAUAGACGAUUCCCCUUAUUACGUUUUCGUAGCGCUUUGAAUUGUGGUUAUAGUGGUAUCACUGACAUUCAAGAUGGCUUAUUUUUUGUCCUGACCCGUGCAAGAACUUUAAAAAAAAGCUAGGGUCAGGUGCGUGAUAGCCAACAGCAAAAUAUUCGCGAAAACAUUCAAUAUUUUCAUUUGAGGCCGCUAUCUUUAUCAGGGAUACCACUAUAACCACAAUGCAAAGCGCUACGAAAACGUAAUAAGGGGAAUUGUCUAUUUACAGCUAUUCUGUUCUUCUCUUAUUAGGAUAUAUCAAGAAGAUCUGAAGGUGUAACCGGUUCAGAUAAUGUGGACAAAGUCCAAAGAGCUAACGGAAGUCCAGCUUAUGUGCAAAUAUAUAACAAAGAACAGCUAAGUAGUAGUAUUUUGAUCAGUUACGUAAUUGAUCAGUUACGUAAUUGA